AUGGGCUACACACCCAGCGCAUGGAAACUGGCUAGGGUAGUUUUUAUUCUGAAGGCGGGAAGAACGAGCUACACCAAGGCAAAGGAUUUCAGGCCAAUUAGCCUAACAUUGUUUUUCCUUAAGACAUUGGAGAAACUGGUGGACGCGUAUCUGAGGGAGACAACACUGUGGAGUCACCCUCUCUACAAAAAUCAGCACGCGUAUCGUUCGGGCUAUUCCACCGAGACUGCUCUACAUCAGACGGUAGCGUUUAUUGAGGAGCAGCUGGAAAGGAAGGGCUACGCAGUGGGUGCUUUCUUGGACAUAGAGGGCGCCUUUAACAACACACCGCACGAGGUAGUGUGUGAGGAAGCCGCCAGAAGGGGUGUCCCGAUGAAGCUCGUCGAGUGGAUCUGGGGCAUGCUAGGGAGGCGUGUGAUGACCUCGCUGGGAACUGCGAAAGUCUGUGGGUGGGUGGGAAAAGGCUGCCCGCAGGGCGGAGUACUUUCCCCACUUUUAUGGUGCCUGGUAGCAGACGGUUUAUUAAAGGCACUGGACGACAGAGGCUUCACUGCACAAGGCUACGCGGACGACGUGGCAAUACUUGUGUGA